AUGUCUGUUAUUGACUAUAGCAAGUGGAACAAUAUCGAGAUCAGCGACGAUGAGGCUGAUCAGCACCCUAACAUCGACAAAGAGUCACUUUGGCGUUGGAAAAAGCAAGCACGUGUAGAGCGCGAUGAGAAGGAGGCCGCGGAAAAACGCGCGGUGCAGCAGAAGCACGCGGAGUUGAAGAAGAAGGUCGAGGAAAUUGAGGCGAAGCCCGAGGUUGCCAAGGCAACGGGCGUGGAUGUGGAUGAGCUGAAGAAACAAGAGGAGGAGUUCGCGAAGAAAGAGGCGGAGAUUGAGCGAAAGGGCUCUACGUAUUCACUACGCGACAUACACAUGUUUUAUUUUCUUUAG